AUGGAAACGCUGAUAUCGACGAUCAACAAGCUGCAGGACGUCUUCGCGGCAGUUGGACCGCGUGAAGCGGACAUCCAGCUGCCGCAAAUUGUCGUCGUCGGCUCGCAGAGUUCCGGGAAGAGUUCGGUGAUGGAGGCGAUUGUCGGAAGGGAUUUCCUUCCUCGUGGCACUGGCAUUGUCACGAGGAGGCCCCUUCUGCUUCACCUCUGUCACGUGCCUCUCGAGGACUCGGAGCAGCGACGCGGCAUGAAGGAUGACUGGGCCUGCUUCGAGCACGCACGCGACAAAAUCUUCGAAGACUUCGAGCUGGUGCGCAAGGAAAUCGAAGACGAAACGGAUCGACUCACGGGCAGCAAUAAGGGCAUUUCCAACGUGGCCAUCUCAUUGAAGGUCUUCUCACAUCGCGUCGUCAACCUAACACUUGUGGAUCUGCCCGGAUUGACGAAGGUUCCAGUCGGCGAUCAACCAACCAACAUCGAGGAACAAAUUCGGGACAUGAUCAUGCUCUACAUCGGCAACCCAAACUCGAUCAUCCUUGCUGUCACUCCCGCCAAUUCGGAUCUCGCCACCUCUGAUGCCCUAAAACUUGCAAAAGACGUCGACCCGGAAGGACUACGAACAGUCGGGGUGCUCACCAAGCUGGAUCUGAUGGACAAGGGCACAGAUGCCAGAGACAUCCUUGAGAAUCGACUUUGCCCGUUGAGAAGAGGUUACGUGGGUGUCGUCAACCGAAGUCAAAAGGAUAUCAUGGGCCGCAAGGACAUCAAAGCUGCCCUGGACGCCGAGCGCAAAUUCUUCAACUCGCAUCCGUCCUACAGUCACAUGGCAGAUCGGCUAGGCACACAAUUCCUCCAGCUCACACUCAACCGACAGCUUACAGAUCACAUCCGGGAUCGACUUCCCGCACUUCGUGACUCUCUCCAGAAGCGGUUGUUUGCGAUCGAAAAAGAUGUACAGGAGUACAAGCAUUUUCAACCGAAUGAUCCGACCCGAAAGACGAAAGCCUUGAUGCAAAUGGCGCAACAGUUCACCCGCGACAUUGAGCGCUCCAUAGACGGUUCCUCUUCCAACAUGGUCUCCACGAAUGAAUUGAGCGGCGGAGCGAGGAUCAAGCGGAUCUUCCACGAGCGCUUCCCCUUCGAGAUGGUGAAGAUGGAAAUUGACGAGAAGGAAUUACGCCGCGAGAUUCAAUUUGCUAUCCGAAAUAUCCACGGUGUUCAAGUCGGGCUCUUCACCCCGGAUAAGGCCUUCAAGUUCAUCGCAAAGAAGCAGAUAAAUCGACUCCGCGAACCGGCUCAAAAAUGCGUUGAACUGGUCGUGAACGAGCUCUCUACUGUGAUACGACAGACUGCUGACUCGUUGGCGCGCUACCCACGUCUCCGCAAUGAAAUUGAGCGUGUUGUCGUCACACAAAUCCGCGAAAAGGAACAAUAUGCCAAGGAUCAGAUUGGUUUUAUGGUCGAUUGUGAACUCUCCUAUAUGAAUACCAAUCAUGAAGAUUUCGUUGGUUUCGGAAGUUCUGAACUCGGAAAUUCCACAAAGAACCCAGUCAAGAAGAAUCCUGCAAACCAAGCUAUCCGCAAAGGAUGGCUGAACGUCAACAAUGUGUCGUUUGUACGUGGCUCCAAAGAUUUCUGGUUCGUGCUGACGUCAGAAAGCCUAUCUUGGUAUAAGGAUGACGAAGAAAAGGAAAAGAAAUACAUGAUGCCGCUGGACGCCAUUCGUCUCCGCGACCUAGAAAGCGGCUUCAUGUCUCGCCAACACAAGUUUGCGCUCUUUUACCCAGAUGGAAGAAACAUCUACAAAGAUUACAAGCAGCUCGAACUGGGAUGUCAAAACCUGGAUGAUUUGGAUGCCUGGAAGGGAUCGUUCUUGCGUGCAGGUGUUCAUCCGGAGAAGCAAGUCAGCGACUUGGCCGACAUGCACUCAAAUGAGGAGGUGGCGAUGUCAAUCGACCCUCAGGUCGAACGUCAAGUGGAAACCAUUCGGAACCUCGUCGACUCUUACAUGCGCAUUGUGACCAAGUCGAUACGCGAUCUGGUGCCAAAAUGCGUAAUGCAUGUGAUUGUAAACCAGGUCGGCGAAUUCCUGGAGACAGAACUGCUGCCCCAUCUUUAUCAAUGCGACAUGGAUGAAUUGAUGGAGGAGUCUCAGGGUGAAGCCCAGAGGCGUGAAGAGUUACUCCAGACCUACAACGCCAUCAAGCAAGCCAUCAGCAUCAUCAAUGAGGUGAACUUCUCGGCGCUGACUGUCCCUACUAGGCCCUUGGCAAGCAUUCAACUAAAUGGGAAUUCACAAGCGAAUCGCGUCGCCGCAGUGGCUCCUCUAACAGGCGCUGUUCGACCUGCACCAAAAGCUCCAAACAGUCGUCCGCCACCUCCUCCUAGUCACAUCGCCAAGUCUGGGGCAUGCAAUGAGAACUCUGCGUAUUCGCCCUUCAUCCCGCCCGUACCGAAGCGUCCCACCGUCCCGCCACGCCCG